UCAGACUUUCUCUGCCGCCUCAAACUUCGAAACCGACGCGGACGGACGGGCUGCUCAUUCCCAAACGACUCGCACAAGAGAGAACGCGCGCGCUUCUGUCGUGUCGCAUCGGCACUUUUUCUUGUUUUCGCGGCGCUUUCGAAGCUGAUAAGUUGGCGACGACAGGAGGCGGCGUACGAUCCUUGAAGGCUCUGUCUUUGUUUCUCGUUUCUUUCCUUUCUUUCGCUCAAACGAAAGCAAGAAUAAGGGAGGGUGCGGAUCAACACCCUUCCGGCUGGUCAUCCGCGUAAAUUUCCCAGGUUCUUCCGUCGAAGAGAGAGGAGGAUAAAAGAUCUUUUUUUUUUUCCUUUCUGUGACGAACCGUUCGCGGUGAUCGCUGUUUGUUCGAUCCCUCUUCCGUACAAGACGUUCUCUUGAGUGACUGGGAGACGUCACAGGGACACCAUGCGCCACCCCUGCGCAUUCGUCGUCGCUUUCAGCGUGGCACUGGCGCUCUUGUUCGCGCCCACUCUGGGAUCGCCGUCAGCAUCUUCACGCCCCUCGGAAAACGAGGGAGGCACGUCGUGGGCGGACGAAGAGCUCGAGUACGCGGCCGGCGGCGGCCUGAUGGAGACUUCGGGAGGCGACGAAGAUGGCGGUGCGGACCUGGGCGGUGCCGGCCCGCAGCAGCCGGGGCGACUGCUGCCACCGCCGACGGCGGACAAGCGCAACCUGGCGGCCCUGGCUCGCAGCGGACGGCUGCCCCGGUUCCACUACAACAAAAAGCUCGGCCCGGCCGCCUCGCCCCUGCAGCCCGCCUCGUCGCGGGUGUUCAUGGCUGGCCGGAGGCUGCUGCCCACCGUCGGCGGGGGAGCCGCCAUGCCUCCGAUGCUGCGUCAGCACCAGGGCGGAGGCCAUGGCUGGCGACCCGAUGCCUGGACGGCGGCGGGCGACCAGGCGCUUCAGGGCGACGCGCCCGAGAAGAUGGGCGUCGUCGAGGCGCUGGGCCGCCUGUCCGAGGCCGCCAUCUUCCCCUACAUCGGGCCGCAUAGGUUCUCGUUCUUGCCGUCUGUGCGUGUGCGAAGAGACGUCUCCAGCGGCCAAGGGCGGCGGCGGCAGCAGCAACAGCACGAUGAAACGCAGCGCGAAGAGCAGCAGCGGUUCGGAGGAGAGCCGGCGUCAACAUCGGGCGCGCGUCAGUACGCGUCCCCGGGGCGGGCCAAGCGCAACGUGGCCGCCCUGGCGCGUAACGGCUGGCUGCCUCCGACCGCAGCGGCGGCGCCCUCAGAGGCGCGAGGAACCAGGGCCGAGUUUUUGCGUCGCUUUUCGGGCUCUCAGGCCCACGAGGCCAGCGCGGACGAGGAGGAAGAAGGGUUUGUGCCCGAGGACGAGGCCUCCGAGACACCCGAGUGCGUCGACGAUGACGACGAGGACGCGGAAGAUUUGUUACUGGUGCCAUCACUGGAGGAAGUCAAACGAAACUUGGGACACAUGGCCAGAAUGGGCAGGCUUCCACCUUUCAACUACCGUCGUCCCUUGCUGAAUACCGACUUUGCCGAGGCGACGUCUCCGUGGCCCCAGGACAGGCCUAAGCGCCUUGCGAAGCGCUGCAGGCCCCGCGGCGAGAACAAGCGCAACGUUGCCGCCAUGGCGCGCAAGGGGGCGCUGCCGCGCUCAUGAGCGGCCCGACACCAGCGCCCUCUCUGCGCCACCUCUGCCGCCACGUGUUUCUCUAUCUCUACUGUCUUCCCAGCGGUCAUCUAUGCGCUGCCCGAGAGGCGCGGCGAAAUCUCGCAGGAAUACGAUGUGUCCCGUAGAACGUGACUUCCUCCGGGACCCUGUCAAUUCCCUUGUUGCCACCCGCUACUGCUGACCCUGUAGAUGUGCCUGGGAAACCGUAUACGCCCCUUUGUAGCCUGAAGGUUGUUCGUUGUCCUCCCCCGCUUUGAGCGUCAAUGCCCCGUAUGCUUUCCGAAAUACAAGAACGCAGAACUCGCGUUCUCAAGAUGAGCUUCCUGUGGUCGUUCUAAAAUCGUAGCAAGAGCUGAUUGUAUAUAGUUUUGGAACAUUUCGGUUUUUUACCAGGUUAUUUAUGUUUAUUUCCGUCCUUUUUUCCUUCUUUCGCGUAGUUUCGCAGUGCUGAACAUUUUAGACACUUCUGUAUCUAACAACGAAGCAUAUAAAAGGCAAGCCAAUUUGAAAAGCUAUCGACUGCCUUAUUGCAGCCCGAAUUUCUUAGUCAAUUGGCUGUCCUCGCACUGGACUACAUGAUUCAAAGGCGUCGUGUAGUGCAUUCAAUUAUUUAUAUCGAAGGUAUUGAUCACAGGCCCUCUCUUGCUUCACUCAUAUUAUUUCGGUUCUUGUAGCUCUGUCAUAUGAUUCUUCGUUCGUGUUGUUUUUUUGUGACCAAACACAAAACAUGUGCAUGCAGUCAUCCCUUUAAAUUCAUUUUCUAACAGCACGCCCUUCAUGACAUCGCGCCGCCAAGUUGCACACCAUGAACAAGCAAGUCAAAUCAUUAUUUUGCAUACUUUAAGUUGGCUUUGAGACAGUGCAAUCCACGACAUAGUUUCUGAAUUUUUCUCACUGUUAGCGUUUUGACUCCUUUGCUAGGAACGUUAGCCUUGGAUAACAGCAUGUUGUGACAGCAGUGGCAGACAAUGUAGGUAUAAAGGUUGCGAAUGUCCUAGUGAACGAGGUUAUUAAGAAGCAAGCGACUGAAUCGAACUCGGCAGGAUUUAAUGUUUCGUUUUUGUUUUUCCUGUUACUUCACAAUCGCUGCAUAAGAAAGCGAGCCGUGCGUCUGCUUGCCCACAAUUCCUCUGCGAUAACAUUUUUUUCUUUGUGUUCUUUUUUUUUUAGAAUCGUUCACGCACAGAUAAACAAAUUCAACCCGAAGAACUUUUUCUUCUGUUUUCUUCAGGUCCUGCAAGAUUUUGUGAGCCUAGAGUGGUAGGGACGAUCUCAUCUCCUACGUGCCUGCAUCAUUCAUAAAGCCGUUUUCUCCUCACCCUCUGUCGCUUUCCUGACUUUUUGAAUGUUUGAAGCAUCCUUUCAGGAAAAGACGGCAAUGAUGGUGAGAGCACCCAGCGUGAGUUAGACGCGAGACCUGACUAUAGAAGGCCGGCUAGAGCCUUCGAGAAUGAACCUUUGUCAGAGCAUUGUUCUGUGCGAAUAAGUGGUUAAAAAAAAAGAAAUCCCAGCUAUACGUGCAAACAAUUAUUUUCCUCUUUCCUAUUGGUAAUAAAAAGCUUGGUAAUAAAAGAAUAUUUAAGUUCUUGAUGGGCAGUGCGAUCGAAGAAGAAUCAUUAUCUCGUGUUGAAUACAGAGUGCCGUGAGUAAUCUGUUCUUUUUAGAACGUGCAAAAUGGUCAAACGGCAAAGGAAGAUCCGUUGUUUCCUAAUGUCGUACCCAUUUUUCUUUCGCAAGUAAUAUAAGACGUUGACUAAAGAAUGCAGGACGUGGCCGCACUUUCAUAACUGAAGCAUUACAUCAGCGUGCGAUUUUUCCUGGCCGUGCCUAACGUAGUCGCUAUACACGUAAAUGAGCGCGAAUUCAUAUUUUUUUUAUAUGAGAUUUGGCUGGGAUAGAAUUUGUUAUAUAUAUAUUGAGUAGUAGCUAGCGCCGCAAACGUAACGCCAUUGAAGCUGCUAAGUAAAGGGUUUUGAGACCAUUCUUACGUCGGGCCUAAUGCUCAUUCAGGAUUUAUCGCGGGUUCUUGCUUAGAAAACUUCAUUGUUUUCUUCAACGCGCUAUGCCAAUAGCACUUUAACAUGCGCUUUAAUUGUGCUGGUGACAUUCACACUUGUCUGUUUAGACUAUCGUGGUGGCUAAUACGAAGGAUGGGUUUGAUUUAAACUUGUCCCCGUGAACUUCUCAAAGUCAAUAUUUGUCGACGAAGAGUAUUCAGUAGCUACCCAGCACAUGUUGGGAUACGUGGGAAAAAAAUUGUACAUCUGAUAAUUGACCCACUGAAUGCUGUUCGUUAAACUUAAACUUAUUUUAAUGGAAGACCCCUGCAUCCCAUGGGGAUAUAUCAUAGAAGUUCAUUCAUUUUCACAUUUUCUUUUCAAUGCAUGUGCGUUCGACUUGUAUUUCACAGUACAUACGUGCUAAAAGACUUAUCUAAUACGCAGUGGCUAGAAAGCUAUCAGAAAAAUCAACACUUUGCUAGAUUUUAGCGCCCCCGCACGAAGCUCUGGUUCCGUAAAAAAAUUACGCGAUGUUGCAGGAAUCAUGGGCUGGUAUAAGGACAUUCUUUAUUGAUAACAUAUGGCCACGUGUCCAGCCAUCCUGACCAUAGUUGUUGUUGUCCUCCCCGUAUAUCUAUACGCUAGCACUCGUGAGUCCUGAAUUUCAUGCCGUUGUCUGUGCUGAGGGUCUAUGUACUACCGCACGCUGCUUGAACGUGUUAUUUGCUACUAAAGUGCGAUGUACGAGCUUCAGCUUUCUCCGAGGUGACGCGAUUUUAUUUGCGGAUUGUCUCCUUGCCGCCUUUAGCCUUUGACAUCGGAUGUAGCGAGAAUCGAAUGAUUGCCCGAGACUAAAGUUUUCAACGCAAACUGUCAAAUAGAAGCAAAAGAAACACACAAACGGAGAUUAGAACGCCAUACUCUCGUUGCUGUUUGUGUGUCUCGCCUGUUUCUUUUGUCAAUUUUUGCGUUUGCGAACACGGGUCUCAGCGAGAGCAAAAUUGUCGAAAACUGAGAUAUGAAACUUUUCAUUAGCGUCUUCCAUUUGGGGAAACGAUUGCCGUUGCACAACGCUUUGAGGUGAAUGCGAAACACUGCUCGCUGAAACAAUGUGUGGCGCCUAUUUUAUUGGUUCUUCCUUGUGUAGUCGAGUAGUCUCCACCCUCGACUAAACGAAGUAGACACACAUUGGUACUUUGAUACGGGCUACCGAAAGGCCUCCAGCCUCUUGCCGUGUAUCUUUCACCCUCUGGGGUCAGUCUUUGUGAAUAUCGGUGCGACAUGCAACAAAUGGACCGAAACCGAAAUCCGAGGGAAAUGGAUGGUAGGAAA